AAAAGAUUUUGGCACGUGAAGCGGUCAGGCACGCCAAGGGUUUGACUUGGUUCAAUGCUCCAAAUGCUAUCCCGGGCCGACCGUCUCUGCCGACGAGUGCGUCAAUGGCACACUUGCACUCGCUGUGUAGGUACGUUCCACGGCGAGAAGUACAACACCCACCCGAUGCGGCCAAGGCGAAUCCAUGAUGCAAUCUUUGCUUGCCACUGUGGAAACAAGCUAGCGGCGUAUCCAUGUGGUUGGGGCCACGGGCUCGUUUGGGGUGUGACGUUUUCAAGCGUGUUCGAACAGUGGGGGAUGGCUUUUGCGACUACCUUGCGACUCAUCAUGAAGUUAUUCGACUGGGCGAUAAAAACUGCAUAGGACAUAGCCACACAAUGCGAUUUGCAGUCGCCACAUUCCACCAUGCCAUCCCGUGCUUGGACGACCCUCGCUACCCCACCACACAACAUUUUGAACCCCAUGCAGUCACCAUCAAACAGGUGACCAUUGUGCUGUGCCUUUGACGAUCGAGCUCUCCCAUUUAUCUAUUGCAACCAAAGUCACG